AUGGAGGAGCUGGCAGCGGCUGAGGUGUACGCGCCGCGGACGAUACAGGUGUGGAGGACACUGCUCAACUGGAUGGCGUUCUUCUUCCAGAUCUUCUCUCAGAUCCUCCGCGGGACGCCGUCGUUUAAUCAGGUCCUCUCCUAUGUCGGCCUGCGCCAAGGAGGGCCUUUCAUCUCGUCUGCUCAACACGCGCCGCCGCAGUUCAAGCCCCUGCCGGUGGUCGAGCUGUCGGAGUUCGGGGAGGAACCGGAAGAGGCGCCGCCUCCGCGGCGAUCGAAUCUGGUCGCCGUUCCGGUCUCCGGUGGUGGGGAGAGGGUGAUGGAUCCUUCACCUCUGGAGAAGCUAACGGUGGUUCUUGAUUUAGAUGAAACUCUGGUUUGUGCAUAUGAGACAUCAAGCUUACCAGCUCUCUUGCGUACACAAGCCACAGAGGCUGGUAUAAAAUGGUUUGAACUAGAAUGCAUUUCCUCUGACAAGGAACUCGAAGGCAAGCCGAAGAUCAACUACGUGACAGUGUUUGAACGCCCUGGACUGAAGGAAUUUCUAAAACAACUAAGUGAAUUUGCUGAUCUUGUAUUAUUUACAGCCGGACUCGAAGGCUAUGCUAGACCUCUUGUUGAUAGAAUAGACGCUGAAAAUAGAUUCAGUCGGAGACUAUAUCGGCCUUCUACAAUUAGCACGGAGUACCGCGAGCAUGUAAAGGAUUUAUCUUGCUUGUCAAAGGAUUUUUGUCGAAUAGUCAUUGUCGAUAAUAACCCUUUUAGUUUCUUGUUGCAACCAUCAAACGGAAUUCCUUGCAUACCAUUUUCUCCCGGACAACCUCACGAUGAGCAGCUUUUGGAAGUGAUCCUUCCUUUGCUCAAGCAGCUCUCUCUACAAAAGGAUGUACGGCCCGUUCUCUACGAAAGAUUCCACAUGCCCGAGUGGUUCCAAAAGCACGGGAUUCCAGCUUCAGCUUCAGGGUGGACAUAG